AUGCUGCUGCGACUACGAGGGCCGGAUGGCAUGAUACGGUUGACGGUGGAGAAUGCCACGACGUUUGGUGAACUAGGAGACCAGCUGCUGCCACACGUUCCGAAGACCGUUGACCCCAAGACCAUCACAUUAUCGAAUGCGCCAAAUGGAGGCGACGCCAAGGUCCUGUUCGAGAUAGCCAAGUUCAAGGUCGGACAAAUCGGACUAAAGCACGGCGAUCUGAUUUUCAUCAACUACAAACAUGCAAACACAACCAACGGUACUACCAAUGGCGACGAAUCGAUCAAGACGACGUCCGGGAGACUCAACGGCAAGCCCGUCCUGCCGACAGAGGAUAUGCCAAUCAAUCCCCGAGUAGAGAGAACAUCCAAGCCCUGGGAAGUGGUCAAGCAGUCUGCACUAGACGACCGGCUGGACAAGUUGGAUGGCAAGAUCACCAGAGGCCGUGACAAGAUGUGCCGACACGGACCUAAAGGCAUGUGCGACUAUUGUCAACCUCUGGAUCCGUUUGAUCCUGGAUACCUUGCCGAGAAGAAGAUUAAAUAUCAGUCCUUCCACUCACACCUCAGAAAGAUCAAUUCGUCAACAAAUAAGCCGGAACUCGGCAGCUCUUAUAUCCCCCCGCUUGUGGAACCGUUUUACCGAGUGAGACGGGAUUGUCCUACCGGCCAUGCUCCGUGGCCAGAAGGCGUGUGCACAAAGUGCCAACCAAGUGCCAUUACCUUGAAUCCGCAGCAGUUUCGGAUGGUCGACCAUGUCGAGUUCGCAUCACCGUCCAUCGUGGAUUCCUUUAUUGACGCAUGGCGCAAGACCGGGUCCCAGAGGCUCGGUUUCCUUUACGGCCGGUACACAGAAUACACAGAAGUUCCGCUGGGUGUCAAGGCUGUUGUAGAGGCCAUCUAUGAACCGCCCCAGGUAGACGAGCUCGAUGGCAUAACGCUAAACGCCUGGGGGAAUCGGAAAGAUGUCGAGCACAUAGCCCGGCUAUGUGGACUGGAACCUGUCGGUGUCAUUUGGACAGAUUUGCUGGACGCGGGCCGUGGUGACGGCUCUGUAGUCUGCAAGCGCCACGCCGAUUCAUACUUUUUGUCCUCGUUGGAAAUUUGCUUCUCGUCGAGAUUGCAAGCACAGCACCCCAAAGCUUCAAAAUGGAGCGACACUGGCAUAUAUGGCUCCAACUUUGUGACUUGCAUUGUCACGGGAAAUGAACAAGGUGAAAUUGGCAUCUCUUCAUACCAGAUGUCGAAUGAGGCGGUUGAGAUGGUGCGAGCCGACAUUGUGGAACCGUCCGCCGACCCGACAGUCAUGCUGGUUCGGGAUGAAGAGGAAGACGACGGCUCCGUCAGCCGCACACGGUACAUUCCCGAGGUGUUUUAUCGCAGGGUCAACGAAUAUGGCGCCAAUGUCCAAGAGAACGCCAAACCCUCAUUUCCUGUCGAGUACCUCUUUGUCACUCUUACCCACGGCUUCCCCGCGGAGCCCAAGCCAACCUUCACCCAGCUGGGAUUCCCCAUUGAAAACCGCGAGUACAUUGGGCAGUCUCAAGAACAUUCCGCACUUGCCAGGGCUCUCAAGUCUUCUUCAGCUCAAAAGUCGAGCAACAACGGGCAAGAGGUUUCCAACUUUCACCUGCUUUGCUUCCUCCACCAAAUGGGCAUUUUAUCCAAGGAUGAGGAAGCACUGCUGUGUCGAGUAGCGAGUCAACAUGAUCUAGCUGAUUAUUUCCAACUCGGCUCAACAGAAGGCUGGCAAACCCUCCAGGCCAUCCUGCAAUCGACUGGUGAGCGACUCCCCAAACGUCGGCGAGAUGGCCAUGACACCACCUCGGCAGACUCCUCUGCAUAUGAUUUCUCUGCGCGUCAUCGUGCGCAUGACUCGGGUGAGCCACUUACUAAACGAUUUGCUGCCUUCAGGCUGAACGAAAAACGGACGCCGAACCGAGAGGGUCAGUGA